CCAACUUGAGCAUGACCCGGUGACACCUAACCUAACUAUUAACUCACAGUAAAAACAACUUAACCCCACUGUCAAAGUGUUUGUGGCUUGGGGGCUUCGAUCAAAAUGAUUAUCACCUAUGAGUUAAUGCUGCUGCUCCGGGUUAUGCCCAAACCAGAAGUAAAGCAGGUGUUGAGGCGGGUAGCUGACCAUAUUUUCGCCAAAGGGGGCAUAAUCCGAAAGCUGGAAAACUUGGGGACUAGAGACAUGCCCUACAGGACAGGCGCACAUGGUGUGAUGUAUAACAAAGCCAGUUACUUCCUAUGCGAAUUCAAUGCGCCCCCGAGCCACAUAGAAGUCCUGCUAGACGAGUAUGGAAGGGACGUCGACGUGAUCAGACGCAGGAUAUACAAAAAGAACGCGCUAGAGCCGAUUGAGUGCACUCUGCAUGAGGAACUGCUUCCUCCGCCCUAUAGGAAAGACGUGCAAAGUAUGAUAGCAGAGGCCCGCAAGCACGAUAAACCCACAUUCAGGUUCAACACCGGCUUGAACUACUACCCUUUCCAAAAGUGAGCAACUACUGGGUGCAAACCUGAGAACAGCCGUAGGUUCAAUGUAAACUUUUAUUUAGAAAAUUAACCUUACGUUACGAUAGUAAACAAAAUAUAAUAUAAUAAAUAAGUUGAAAUAACGCAUAA